AUGGCCGAUUACGCAAAACUCCCAGCCGGUGCAACACUCGAUAUCAAGCGGUUCAAGGCACACGUUGACGAUGAAAAGUUGCAACAUUUCAAGCAUUUGCUGGAGCUGUCGCCAAUUGCUCCUGCAGUGUUUGAGAAUACCAAUGCUGGCCGGAAGUAUGGCACGAAGAGGGGUUGGCUUGAAAAUGCUAAGAAGGUGUGGCUCAAUGAAUUCGAUUGGCGGAAGCACGAAGAUCGAAUCAACUCUUUUCCUAACUUCAAAGCUUCGGUCAAGGAUACAGAGGGCAACACAAUCCAAAUGCAUUUUCUAGCUCUGUUUUCCGAGAAGGUCGAUGCCAUUCCAAUUGCUUUCUUUCACGGCUGGCCAGGCUCCAUCUGUGAAUUCCUAGAUAUGCUGGACAUAUUGAAAGAGCGAUAUUCUCCGAAGGACUUGCCAUACCACGUCAUCGUCCCCUCGCUUCCAGGCUAUGCCUUUUCAUCUGGUCCUCCGGUUGAGACGGAUUACGGAAUCGACAUCGCUGCUGGAGCACUCAAUGAUCUGAUGGUCGGUCUAGGAUUCGGCUCGGGAUACUUGGCGCACGGCGGCGACCUUGGCAGUUUCAUGAGUCGGUUGGUUGCCAUGAACUACGAUGCGUGCAAAGGAAUGCACGUGAAUAUGAUGGGUAUGCCGCCACUGGAGAACUCGGACGAAAUUCCAAGAGACGAGGAAGAGAAGAGAGCAUUACAAAGGGCCGCCGAAUUCAUUGAUACGGCAUAUGCAUUUGCACUUGAGCAAGGCACAAGGCCGGCCACCAUCGGGCUUACCCUGAGUGCUAGCCCACUGGCACUGCUCAGUUGCCGGAUUGGAGAGAAAAUUCUCGAAUGGACAGACGAAGAUCCUCCGCUUGACAAGAUCCUCGAAGGUGUAACAUUAUAUUGGUUGACGGACACUAUACCACGAUGUUUCUACCAUAAUCGCGCGCUGGCCAAGGGAGAUGAUAAGCCAACGAUUGCAAGGAUUAGUGUGAUCACGAAACGGACAGCGCUAAACCUUCCAUAUGUCGAGAAACCUUGCGGCUACUCAAUGUUUGCUCAUGAGAUCAUCCCAGUUCCUAAGAGAUGGGCGGCCAUGACUUGCAACCUUGUGUCAUUCAAUCAGCACGAGAGGGGUGGUCAUUUCGCGGCUAUGGAGAAACCCAGAGAGCUGCUCUCAGAUGUCGAGGAGUAUAUCAAGAAAGCCUGGAAAGCUAUUUAG